AUGGAUGACAUCCUCGCACCCAUUCAAGAUGUCUUUGAAGGCCAAAUUGACUUUCACGGUCAACGUAUCGCUGAGAUCCUCUGUACUGUUCUAUUGAUUAUUACUGGAGCUGUCGCUUUCGUCGUUGGGUUCAUUUACGAAGACAUUUAUCUUACACUCUGGAUCGGCUUGGCUGGUACUCUCGUAACCGCAUUGGCUGUCAUCCCUCCGUGGCCUAUGUACAAUAAAAACCCCGAGAAAUGGCUUGUCCCCGCGACCGGAAGGGCUAGUGGUGCAGGAGUUGUGGUAGAUGGGGUCAAAGUUGCAUAG